GCAUGAUUUCCGCUUGGGGUUAUUGGCAUCAGUGUUUGUUUGUUUGUAAAUGGAGUCGACAAUGUUUAAUUUUUUUUUAAAUUAGUGAAAUUAGAUAGUAUCUGUACUAUGAAACUAAUCUUUGUAAACAAUUUUAUUGCAUAAGUGUAGAAGAUUCCAUAUUAAUUCUGAAAAUAGCCUUUUGCAAAUGUGAAAAAGAAAACUUCAGAAAUGACUAAAAUGAAGCUUCAAGUCUUUUCUUGCAUAUUGCUAAUAUUUAUGUUAUUCAUUAAAGGUAACAACUGCAUCGCUGGACCAGAGCUAACCGUAUCAAAUAUUACUGAAAGUAAAAUGCAUGUCAGCUGGACCACAGUAUCUGUUCCUGACAAAGUUAUUGAAAAGUAUCAAGUUUCUGCUUAUCCAGUUAAAUCUUAUAGCCAAAUGGAUGCACUCAACCGAAAUGAGUGGACUUUUUAUAAUACAACUCAUAGCUCUGAUUUGCUGGGUCUUCAUCCAGGAACGAUGUACAAUAUCAGUGUCUGGGCAGUGACCAGUGAUGGUCACUCUGAUCCCUCUACCAAAAUGGUUUGGACUGAAGUGGGAGAACCUGAUGAACCUUCCCCAGUUGACAUUAUUGAGAGAAAAGGAGAAACUCUUUCCAUUCACAUACCUGAAGGUGUCAGCAAUAAAGGCCCUAUAACGGGUUAUUAUGUUGUGACAUUAGAGAAACAUUCUCUAAUAUUUUUUAAUCCAGAAGAAGUUGGCAACUAUUCCUUGUCACUAGAAACUGGUCUUCCAUUUUAUAUCACAGCUGAUCUACUUCCUGAGCAUGCAAAUCGAUCUUUUAUAGUUGGAGACAAGAGAAUGUAUAACGGAUAUUACAAUGCACCAUUGUCAGAAGAUCGAGAUUAUGAGAUACUUAUUGGAGUAGUCAGCUCUCUAAAUGGGGUUACAAAAAUAACCUAUUCGCCUUUACAGUCUAGUAUUGAAAGUGAAGAAGAAGAUGAUGUUUUUAAGGCUCCAACAAGCUCAAAGUUAUCUGUUAUUCUUUCUGCUGCAAUCGGUGUUUUUGGAUUUCUUCUUGUUGUGUCAGUUAUUGUUUAUUUCUUGCUCAGAAAACAUUAUGGUAAAAGAAGACCGUCAGAUGAAAUGGUUUUAAGAGCUCACGGUUCAGAAGCAGAUGAAAAUGGUUUCAUACCGGGAAUGCUGCAGAUAAAUGAUGAUGCUGAUCUGAGUGAGGUGUACGAGAGUCUAAGAGAAAAAUAUCCUCAAAUCUCUAAAUCGAAUUUGGAUGUUCAUCAAACUGUGCUUGGUGUCGGGCAAUUUGGAGAAAUAAGGGAAGGAUUAGUUAGAAGAAGAGAACAAGCUAUUCCCUGCAUUGUUCAAUACAUGCAAGCUCCAUCCCUUCUACUGGAAAAGGAACAUAAACAAUUGUUAUGUGAAUUAGAUCUUAUGUCCAGAGUGCAAGUUCAUACCAAUGUUGUUGAAUUUCUUGGUGCUUGUGAUGAAAGAGAUGUCCUCCAUGUUGCAAUUGAACAUCACCCUACAUCAUUAAGGGGAAUGUUGCUCAGAAGUCGCCAACAACCUGGAGGAAAAGUUACUAAUUUAUCGGAACCAUUACUUCUUGAGUUGGCUGCUGGUGUUGCUCGUGGAAUGGCACAUCUGGCUGAUAGAGGGGUUUUGCAUAAGCAUUUAUCUACAAGAAAUGUUCUAAUAGCUGAGGGAUCCACACCUAAAGUUGCUCAUUUUGGCCUUGGUUAUUACAAUCCUCUUGGAAAGCGAUUAUUAUAUACAAAAUGGACAGCACCAGAAGUUAUGAAUCUGAAUACCUACACAAGUAAAAGUGAUGUAUGGUCCUUUGGUGUGAUGUUGUGGGAAAUUUUAACUCUGGGAGGAUCGCCUUAUGUUAGUCUUCCAUCCAGAGAUGUACUGCCUCGUGUAAUGCAAGGAAUGCGACUUCCUCAACCUAAGGGUGUUAUGGAUGACUUUUACCAGUUAAUGCUUCACUGUUGGGAACUAGAUCCUGAAGAAAGACCCAAAUUUAUGGAAUUAGCUACAAGUUUGCAAACAAUGAUCUUAAACAUAAAGGAAUAUUUGAAUUUUCAAGAUUGUGUUAACUACCAAUAUGCUAAAUUUGAUCCUAGUGCCGAAGAUCAAUAAGGUUGUGAUUCAAAAACAUUCCUUCAAACAGUAUUUUGAUGUUUUAUACUGCAUAUUGACCAUUUAUAUGUGUUUAUAUUAUGUAACUUUUACAUGUGUGAGAUAUUUUAUGUACUUUCAAGUAGUCCUCUAAUGGAUUGAUUUGUUUUAUUUCUUAUUUCGUCCAAAGAAUUCUCCGAUUUUUUUCUUUUAUAUUUACUAUUGUUUAUUUUUCUUUCUUUGUUUGUUUUUUUUUCUCAAUUUUGACUUCUUUGUUGGGUUUGGGUAUUUUUUUUACUCACGGUAGUUGUUACAUUUUAGAAUUCAAAGAAUACCCUCUCAUUAGUUUUUUGUCACUUUUCAAACUAAAAUUAUUAAAUUAACAGGAAACUUUAUGAUUAGUAUAUGCAAAAAGUCUGCUUGCAUUUAAUUUAGUGUUUAAUUGUUAUUAUUUUCAGAUUCAAUGUUAAUUGCAUAGACAAAUUUCUAAACAAAUUUAACUUUAAUUAAUUAUUUAAAAGCUAUUGAACAAAAAAUACUCAAAAAGAAAUUAUUCCUUUUACUUAAACCGUUCCAAAAUAAGUGUAAGAAAACCUUUACACGCAUGCUAUUUAAUUCAAGACUUUAUUUUUUUUAUCAGUUUUUAAAUGUAAGACUGAGUGCCUAUAAGCAAUCUCAGAAAAAAUUAAUUUACUAAUUAUCAAUCUAAAAUUUUUAAAAUGCAAUUUAAUUAUUUAUUUUAAGAAAAUCAUUAUGAAAGAGUCUAAAAGAAAACGUGCCUACAAUGUAAUUUUUUUUUUUAUUCAAACAAAAAAAAUUUGUAAUUGAAUGAAAUUUUCACAAUUUUAAGUUCUAGCUUAAUAUUAAAUUAGUUUUAAGCUAUAAUUGUCAAAAUGUAAUUGAAUUAUUUGUUUAAAAGAAAUCUUGGAGCUUAGCUUAAAAAAAGUACAUGUGCAAUUUUUUUUCUUUAGAUUAUUUGUGAAGUUUAUGUGUAAAAUAUUUGCAAGCAUUUUAUUUGAUGUAGUAUAGUAAAUUUAUUGUUUUCAAUUAUAUUCAGAAUGAUUUUACAGUUGACUGAAAUCUUCUGAAAAUUUCAAUAUGCAACUCUUGAUGCAACAUAAAAAUAAAAAAAUCUAUAUUAUUGAACAUAUUAACAUACAAACUUCAUUGAAGAAAGCAGAUUUUUAUAAUUUAUUAUUAUUAUGCAUUCUACUUCAAAAUAGUUUGUUGAAAAGCAACCGGCUCCUAGCCGAGACUAAAAUGAAUCUCAAGUUAAAAUGAACUCCAGGAUAUUGUAUCAAAUUUUUUGUAGCUGCAAUUACCUUUGCAUUUUGUUCAUUUUAUUUUAUUAUACAUUGUUAUUUCUUAAAAUCUUUUUAAAUUAUUUAACUUUCUAUAUACAAUUUUGUUACUAAAAGAUGAAUGCUUACUAUUUUUAUUAAAUAGAGGGUAUCCAAUGAAUAGCUCUAAACUUAUUUUAUUUUUGGUAUGCAGCUAUUUUCUUACAAUUUUUUAUAUAUGACUUAAUAGUUAGCAUUUCCUAGUCUUAAAAAAUGGACUAUAUAUUUUUUAUAUCAUUCAUUGAAUCUUAGAUUAGUGUUGUUUAAAGCUAGGUAAUAUAGUGAUAUACUGUGAAAUCUAUAUUUUUUUAUACUUUGGAUUACAAUAUUAUAAUAAGUAUUCUCGCAUAUACAAUAUUAUAAUAAGUAUAAAUAGACUGUGGUCAUAAUGGGAUAAAUGUUAAAGAAAAAUUUUCAUGUAUUAUUAUGUUGAGAUGAAUUAUAUAUAUAAUAAUAAACAAUUAAUCUCCAUUACCAUAAUAUAGCCAGUAUUAUUAAAAAUGGAGUCAUGGUGGCUCAGUGGUUAAGGAACUAAACUGUAAUUAUCAAGAUUUGGGGUUCUACUUUCAGUGGCGGUUUGAAGAUCUCUAAGCUUUAGAUUGAUGUGUACAGCUUAUCUUUGAAGUAAGGACAGCAUUGUGCACAAUGCUGGCCACAAUCAUGUCGUAAUUGUCAAUCAUGUCAUCGUUCAUGUUGUAGUUUUAGGAAGCUUUAACCUCCGUGCCCAUGACCCAUAACUAACCAUUGUGAGAAUGCUUUACUAUUAUGAAAAACAAUAUCACUCUACUAAAUCUCAUUUGUGCAUUGGAUAUAUGUAAACUGUUUAAAUUAAAUAAAUUUUGUAAAAUCUUAAUAUUUUUUCACAGUAUAUUGCACUAUUAAUGUUCGAAUAUUGCCUAGCAUUAGUGUUGAUAGUUCACAUUUAUAACUUUCUUACCACCAAAUAAUACAAAUAUUGAUAAAAACCUCUACUAACACCUUUGCAGAAUUUUUGCAUCUUAAUCAAACUUCAAUUUUACUUUUAAAAUUCUUUUAACCAAACUUAUCUUUUGUUUUGUAACACUGUUUUAGUUUACUAUGAGUAAAUUAGGAAAAACAAAGUGUUUAAAUUUGUUUUUAUAAUUUACUAACUGUGAUUUUUACUGUAUUUUUAAUAGACACUGUUGUGAUAUUCAGCUAUUUUAUAUUAUCAUACCAGUGGUUUUAUCAUCAGGUAUUGGGUAGUUUUACAUUACAAUCUUAAUCUUGCCUUUUAUGUGCAAUUAUUGGUUAAAAAUUUCUUUUUCACCUGAUUUCGUAUCAUUAUUGAAACUAAAAUUUUAUUUUAGAAAGUAGUUCUUACUCUGUUGUGUUGCUUGUUUUGAUACAUUUGAUAUAUUUUUUCUUAUUGUGAUCUACUUCAAAAUCAAAUUUUGUACCAUAAUUGAUGUUUUAUUUCAGUGUUUUACUAUAUUUAUUUACUUUAUUAUAUAAAAAUUAUCAAAUAUUCAUGAUCUGAAAAUUGACUUUUAUUUGAUGUUGAUGUAAUUCCAUGUAUUCGCUAUUGAAUUUGAAUUUUUGUUGUUACUAAAUUUUUUGUACAGGUUAUAAUAAAAGUUAUUUGUAGAAUUUA